UCUGCUCACAAUCACUCCUCUCCAGUCAACCUUUCAAUUAUACUCCAGCCAAAUCCAACACCCCAUAAUAUCUAAUACCUACUGGAUUUAUCCUGAAGUGGCAAGCCUACAAUUAGGUGAGGAUUUAAACAAAUUGCUAACUGUACUUAGCAGAGUUUGUCUUGCUUAAGUAUAGAUGUCAAAGAAGAACUAAGAUAUCACCUGCUUUUCCAAGUAAAUCAUGUUAUGAUUCAUCCAGAUUUCGUUAAUUACACGUAGAGAUAAUCCAAUCAGUACAAAAAAUAUGAGGAAGUUAUCACUCCUGAGAAUUCUUGUAAUUGCAACUCUUUUAUCAGAGAAUAUAGUGUGGGUUCAAGCAGAAGUAUGCAGUACUGCAGAGGCAGCUGAUAUUCUGUUCCUGGUGGAUGAGUCUUGGAGUGUUGGAGAAGGGAAUUUUCAAAUAAUCAAAGAUUUCAUCAGAAGUAUAAUAACCUCCUUCCAGAACACACAAGUGCUCGGAAAGGAAGGAAUGCGGUUUGCAGUUGCACUAUAUGGAGAUUCAACAAGGAUGGGUGUGGAAUUGUCAGACUACGAAACCAUUCAAGAAGUAUUACUUGCCCUUCAAAACAUUGCAUAUAAAGGAGGUAACACAAGGACUGGAGAAGCUCUUGAAUUCUUAGCAAACAGAGUAUUUAACCCAUCAAUUUUCAGAGAAGAUGUAGCUAAGAUUGUUGUGCUGAUGACAGAUGGAAAGUCUGGUGAUGCUGUGGAGGAGAAAGCCCACUUGUUGCAGGACAGAGGCGUAACCAUAUUUGCUAUAGGAAUUAAAAACGCCGAUAGGAAUGAGCUACUGAAAAUUGUUUCUGACCCAGUGGAAGAACAUGUCAUCUCUGUGAGCGACUUCUGGUAUCUGGACGAUGCAAUGUCCAAAGUUGUGAGGAGACUUUGCUUUUCUGCUUCUGAGCCCCCAAGACCAAUCAGACAAGUAGUAGAAAGUGAAAAAAUAGUUGGACCCAGGGAUCUGAUUAUCAGUGAGGAAGGUUACAGCUCUAUACACCUCACCUGGUCCCUGGCUACAGGCGAAGUCACAGGUUAUCAGGUUGUCGUUAAUUCCCUCACAGGAGCUGGGCAUAUUAAUUCCUAUGACCAGAGACAGAUCGUGUUGGACAGAGACAAAAACACUUUUUUGGUAACAGACCUAAAGCCAUCUACUGGGUAUGUUUUCACGGUGCUGGCUCUCUAUCCAAAUGUCAUCGGAGAUUCUGCCACCGUCAAGGGAAGGACAACUCCUGUACCUCCAGUAACAAAUUUCAGAGUUGUAGAAGAAGGACUUUUUGGUUUAAAGGUAGCCUGGACUCCCCCCCUUGGGAAACUGGAAGGAUACAAGAUUUAUAUCCCACGAUCCAACAGACCUGGAUUUACAUAUGAGCAAAUUCUAAAGGGAGAUGUCUCCUCACAUUCCAUUGAAAAUCUUGAGGAGGACAAAGAGUACACUGUCAGCAUCUAUGCCGUGUAUCCACAAGGACCAAGCCAACCUGUCUCAGCAGUAGGACGUACAUUAAAGCUCCUUUCUGUUAAAAGCCUGUCACUACAGAACAUCACAACAGGUACCAUUCGAGCAUUUUGGAGUCAAGUAAAAGGAGCGACUGGAUAUCGUCUCACCUGGUCUUCCGAAGAGGGAAAUGAUCAGAACAUUAACCUGUCUGAUGCAUAUGGCCAGUACCUGAUUCAGGGUCUUCGAGCUGACACAGAGUAUACGGUCACCAUUAAUCCAAUAUUUGUAGACAUAGAGGGUCCUAUAGUUUCUGCUCAAGCUAAAACUCUGGGUGCUACUACAGUGGAAAGUCUGAAAGCGAGUGCAGUGAGUAUCAACACUGCAGUGAUAUCAUGGAAUGCUGUGCCAGGGGCUACAGGAUACAGGCUGGCAUGGGGACCCACUCCAGAAUUUAUUGGAAGGGAUCGUCCCCGCCAACUUGCAUUAGACAGUUCUAUCACAUCAUACCAGCUGAAAAAUCUCGCCCAUAACACAGAGUAUGUCAUCUCGUUAUAUGUGCUUUUCGGGUCUGCAGUGGGACCUGGGAUUUCUACAACAGCCAGGACUUCACCUCUUGGAUAUGUCUCUAAUUUCAAGGUUACAGGAUACACAAGUACCUCCAUAUCUGUGGCGUGGAGUUCUACUACUGGAGCAACUGAAUAUAAAAUGUCUUGGAGCCCCACUACAUCAGAUUCUCCUAAGAGCAAGUAUUUGGCUAAUAAUCUGCGAUCUUAUCACUUUACUAAUUUGGAGCCAAACACUAAAUACAUAAUAAAUGUUCAAGCUGUUUAUAGCAACUUUGAAGGUCCCCCAGCCACGCUUAUUCAAAGCACAGAUUCCAACCCUGUCCAGGUGCUUCCAGUUAGAGAGCUACAGAUCAUUGAUACUGGCGUCAAUAAACUGAAGCUGUCCUGGAAGAAAACUUCAGGAAUCACCCACUACAAGAUAUCAUGGGCUCCAUUCGAUGGUGGUGUCAAAACCUCUAAGAUUGUUCCUGCCGAUGCAUCAUUUUUCACAAUAACUGAUCUAAAGGAGAGUUCCACUUACACCAUUCAAGUGUCCUCCUUAAUUGGAAACCGCGAAGGAAGCCCAGUGCUAGUUACAGCAAAAACGUUGGAUCUGCCAAGAGUCGACUCUUUUGAAGUUAAGGAAACUACGGGAGAUAGCGCUUUACUGAGCUGGUCUGGGGUAACUGGAGCAUCUUCAUACCUCUUGUCAUGGAGGGAUUCUUCAGAUCCUGAUUCUGCCACGGAGCAGUUGGCUGGAACAUUUCGGUCCUUUCGGCUUACUGGAUUACAGUAUGGAAAAACAUAUAUCUUUACAAUAAAACCUCUCUUUGGCGAGAUGGAGGGUCCGGAGAAAGUUAUUACCCAAGUGAUAGUUGGGCCAAAGAAAAAUGUCAACCCAGAUCAUACAAUUCCAGGAUCCACAACAAGGUCUCCAUCCGUUACCUCAAGAGAGAGUGCAGCAACAACAAACUUUGCCACUCGGGGAUUUUCAACAGUCAUUUCGGAACCCAUCUGUGCCAAGCUGAAAUCUGACAUUGUAUUUCUUGUGGAUGAGUCCUCCAGCAUUGGACCAAGUAAUUUUAACAAAGUUAAGGAUUUCCUAUAUAGAACUGUUUCCUACUUUCCCAAAAUUGGGCCCCAAGGAGCACAGAUUGCUAUCGUCCAAUACAGCGAAGAACCAAGAACAGAAUUCUAUCUGAAUCAGUAUAAAGAAAGGAAUACAAUCCUGAAAGCAAUUCGAGGAUUACAGUAUUAUGGAGGGAACACAAAAACAGGUCGUGGUAUUGGACAUGUACUGAAGGAGAUGUUUCAAGUAUCAAAAGGAAUGAGGCCCUCAUCUCCUCAUACACUGGUGCUGGUGACUGACGGAAGGUCUCAAGACAAUGUCUUACAGCCGGCCAAAAUAGCUCACGCAUUAGGGGUGCGGAUGCUUGCUGUGGGAGUGGGUGGAGCAGACAUGGAUGAGCUGAAGGGUAUCAUGAUGCACCGUAAUUUGGAGAACAUCUUCUUUAUUAGCAGCUUUGAUGAAUUCCCACUAAUUAUUCAGGACCUGAUAGAGAAGAUUUGUUCUGAACAGGAACAACCUCCUGAAAAACAUACUAUUGAGUUUGUCAAUCAGGAGGAGGAAAAGGAGCCUCGGGCGCCAGAACCACCAUCAGGAAAUCGAGAGGGGUCUUGUGAUACAUCUUGUACUAAAGGUCAAAAGGGAGAAAAGGGUGUGAGGGGACCACCAGGAGAUUCGAGUUUCACAGGUUUGCAGACUGGUGGAUUUGAUCCCUUUAAUUUAAAUUCAAAAGGAGAGAAGGGAGAACGAGGUCUCCCUGGGCAAGAUGGGGUUCCUGGACUCCCUGGAAGACCUGGUCGAACUGGACCUCCAGGACCACCUGGUCUGAUGGGACAUAAAGGCUUUCAAGGUGAUAGUGGCCCUCAAGGAUAUCCAGGACAACCUGGGCCGAAAGGGGACAGGGGAGAGCCUGGUUACGUGUUGGCAGGAGCAGAUGGCAUGGGUGGUCUUGGUGGAAUACCUGGCGUUCCAGGAUCCAAAGGUCAACCAGGUGUCCCUGGACUUCCCGGACCACCAGGACUUCCAGGAUUUCCUGGCCCCCAGGGACCCCCUGGGCUUUCAAUAAAGGGUGAACCUGGAGAAACAGGUAACCAGGGUCUACGUGGCAAAGCUGGACCAAAAGGAGACAAAGGGGACCAUGGCGAUGUUGGCAGGGCUGGUUUACCUGGACCCAUUGGGCUUGAUGGAUUUCCAGGAGUUCCAGGAAACAAAGGGGAGAAGGGAGAAGCUGGGAUUGGUAUUCCAGGAAUACCUGGGUUAAAAGGAGUAACAGGAGACAAGGGUUCUAUGGGACCUAUUGGGCAACCUGGACCGAAGGGUUCACAUGGAAUUCAAGGAAUUGAAGGGGUGGCUGGAUUAAGAGGGAAAAAAGGUCAAGAUGGAGAAAAGGGUGAAAAGGGAGAUCGAGGAGAUGUUGGAUUGAGUGGACCCCCUGGAAUCGCAGGUUUUCCUGGACCUAUUGGCAAUAAAGGUGAUCAGGGUCUGCAAGGGUUUCCUGGAGCUCCAGCUAUGGGGGUAGUUGGGCCUACUGGUAAAAAAGGAUCCAGAGGUGAUAUUGGACCAGUUGGCCCAGAAGGGCCUAAAGGUUUUAAGGGAAACCAAGGAGACAAAGGAGUGAAGGGAGAGCCAGGAUAUGGAAUUCCAGGACAGCAAGGUUUAAAAGGAGAUCCAGGUGAAAGAGGGAACAUAGGAUUGUCAGGAAAACCUGGACAAAAAGGUGAUAUGGGUGACAAAGGAGUAAAGGGUGAGCCUGGAUUUCAUGGGAACAUGGGACUGCCUGGACUAAGAGGUAAAGAUGGAGAUCAAGGAAUAAAAGGAGAGCCUGGUGAGAAGGGAGAAUCUGGACUUUCAGGAGAACCUGGAGAGAAAGGACAAAGGGGUCCAGUGGGACUUCCUGGUCGCUUUGGUGAAGCAGGAAUCAAAGGAGAUUUGGGACCUCCAGGAAGAGAUGGCAUUGAUGGUAAAAAAGGAGAUAAAGGAGAAUCUGGAAAAAACGGAAUACCUGGAAGUGUCUUGGCAUCCCUAGAUAAGAGUCUUCUGCCUAAAGGAGAGAAGGGAGAUCGAGGGGACGCAGGAGAUCCAGGAGAAUCAGGUUUUAAAGGAGAAAAGGGGGGUACUGGUCCACCUGGGCCAAAGGGUCCAGAAGGUCCCCCUGGCCCACCUGGAGAUAAAGCGCUGGAAACUCCUUCUGAAAAAGGAGCGAAAGGGGAAAAGGGAAAUGCUGGAUCCCCUGGAAAAAAUGGUUUGGAUGGAAAACCUGGUACUAUAGGAUCUCCUGGUGAAAAGGGUGAGCCUGGCCAAAACGGAAAACCAGGGAAUAUGGGGUUGCCAGGUACUAGUGGGCAGAAGGGAGAUGCUGGAGAUGUUGGGUCAGUGGGACCACCUGGACUUCCAGGACCUCCAGGAACUUCAACAACUCUGGAUGCAACUGUAAAGGAAUUAGAAAUGAAGGAUAUAGAAAGAUUGUUUGAAGCUUAUGGCAUUAAGUUGUCUCUGCUGAAGGAAUUGACUGAAUAUCUUAUUCAAAAUGGAGUAACAGAUCUGCUCCAGCACCUUACAAGUUCUAAAAAGGAUCGCACUGCAAAGAAGAAGCAAGGGUCGAAACAUACAGACACUACGAGUUCAUUGAAGCAUGAAAUUUCAAAUGAAACAGACCGAGGGGAAGAUGACGAUGCUCUUCUUAGUGUGAAUCUAGAAAGUACAGACACAGUGGUAAUUGAUCAGGCACAGCCCUCUACACAGGAUCCAGAUGAAGGUAGCAAAGAUGAACAAACUAACAAAAAGUCUACAGUGGCGCUUGUUCCCAUUGACAUUAUUACAAACGUGGUGACAGAAGAUCAGGAGGAGAAUGUGCAAGAUCUGAGCCUGCAUGUGAGCACCGAUAAAGAUACUCCUACAGUUAUUACAAGCAAUAUUAGUGGAGAUGAAUUAUCUAAAAUUACUUGGACUACUACUGUACAAGUGCAGGAAAAGUCUGAGAAACCCCACAAGAAGCAGGAAAAGGAGAAUAAAAAGGAGCAAAAAAAGAAGCAUCGUCUGUCUGAAACAAAGUUAAAGAUCUCGACAGCUGAGAAGGUUACAGGAAGGGAUCGGGAUAAACUGGGAACCAUUUCUACCAUGCCAAGUUCAAAUAUUUCAGAAGAAGUAACAUCAGUCCUCACAGAAGAGGUAGAACAUUUAAUCCAGUUUACAGCGAAUACAACGGUUAUGGUGGAAAGCCAGCCGACUGUAAUCAAAAAGGAGGAUGUUAUUGAAGAACAAGAAGUGUUGCCAGAAACUGAGAUCAGAGUGGAACCAUUUAAUUUAACAGAAGAAGUAAAGAAACUUCGGGUUAGAAGAAUGGCUGAUGAACCCAUUCCCACGUCUUACCCAGGGGCACAAGGAAAAGCAAGAAGAAAGAACCAACGGCCGAAUGAAGAAAGUAUACAUGCUGAGCAUUCCAAAAACCACAAGGAUGGGAAAAAACGCUCGGGAGCCCAUAGGGACAGGGGAGAAAAGGGUGAACCUGGGGAGCCUGGUGAACCUGGCACUGCCGGGCAAAAGGGAGAGAAGGGUGACCUUGGUGAAAAAGGGCAAAAGGGGGAGCCUGGUGUGGGACACAGAGGCCCAGUGGGUCAAGCUGGACCUCCUGGAUAUAAGGGAGAGCCAGGAGAUCAAGGACCCACAGGAGCCCAAGGAAUCCAAGGUAUCCAGGGUAACCCAGGUAUUGCAGGUUCCCAGGGGGAGAGAGGUCUGACUGGGCUGCUAGGCCCCCCGGGCCCACCAGGUGAACGAGGAAAAAAGGGAAAAAAUGGAAGUUCUGGGUUAGCAGGUGCUCCUGGGCCUGUGGGAAAAGAGGGUAAACCUGGACCAUCAGGGAUCAAGGGAGAGAAGGGUGAUGCUGUAGUGGGUGAACCUGGUCCUAGAGGUCCUAGAGGAAUUCCAGGUGCCAGAGGUGAAAAUGGAGUUCCGGGACUAAAAGGCCCUGCUGGAAUAUUGGGUCUAAAGGGAUUUCCAGGUGUUAAAGGUGAAAGGGGCGACCGAGGGAUUUCUGGAACCAAAGGAGAGAAGGGGGACCCUAUGACAAUUUAUGGGACACAAGGCUUUAAAGGAAGCAAAGGGGAUCCAGGCGAUAGAGGCCACCCAGGUUUUGAUGGAGACAAAGGAGAAAAAGGAGAAGACGGGCCACCUGGGGAAAAGGGUGUGAAAGGUGAAGCUGGAUCCAAGGGGUCUAUGGGAUUAUUUGGAGCUCGUGGACCAGUAGGACAGAAGGGUGAACCAGGGGAGCAUGGACUUCCUGGAAGAGCAGGCACAGCAGGAUUCGAUGGGAAGAAUGGACUGAAAGGCUCAAAAGGUGACAGAGGUCUUCAAGGGCAAAAAGGAGAUUCGGGGAUAAAAGGCGAUCUAGGAUUUCCUGGAGACACUGGCCAAAAAGGAGAGAAGGGUCUACGUGGAUAUCCUGGUACAAUAGGAGGACCUGGAACUGAAGGAGUUAAAGGUGAAACUGGAAGGCAAGGUGAUCCUGGGAUGCUUGGAGCAGAAGGCCCCGCUGGACCAAAGGGUGAGAAAGGAGAGAAAGGUAUAAAUGGAACCACAGGAAUCAUUGGAGACAAAGGUGACAAGGGCAGUAAAGGAUCUCCUGGGCUAAGUGGCUUUAGGGGAUCAAUUGGACAACCAGGGCAGGUUGGAGCACCUGGGUCUCUAGGACCUGAAGGAUCCAAAGGCGAGCCAGGUCGUAAGGGUGAACGAGGAAAAAGAGGAAAGACUUUGCCAUGUGUCAGAGGAGACCCUGGGACCACAGGAAACAAAGGAGUAAUGGGAGAAGAUGGUCCUAUAGGUUUUAAAGGAGAUAAGGGUGACCCUGGGCUCUCUGAGGAAGAAGUGAAAGAUUUGGUCAGAAAGGAAAUGAGUGACACGUGUGCCUGUGCAGGUGAGUGCAAGUUUGCGAUGAAGCACCUGUAUUUUAUUUUGUCUUCUACUUGUGAUAUCAUUCCAAUAAUAAAAAUAUAUGAAUCGUUAUUUGCAUUUUCUUUAGGAAAGGAUUAUCAGGUAAUUAUUAAAUCUUCAAGCCCAGAUGAAGGGUAUGAGGAAGAUGAUGAAAUUAGAGCAACAGCGACCCCACCAGUGACUCCUCCUGACAAUUAUGUUACGGGUGAAGUAGUGGCUCACAUGCACUGGAAUAAAACUAUUAAUGCAACCGAAGUUCCGAAUACUACUUCAGAGACAAAGACCACAGUAGAGAAAAGUGAUAAGGAGCUAAUGGGACCAUUGCAAAGAAGGAAAAGAAAUAUUGAAUAUAUGACUCAAGAUACCUGCCAGCUUCCCAUGGAUGAAGGAUUUUGUUCCAGUUACUCUUUGUUUUGGUAUUACCAUGUGGAAGCUGAUGACUGUCGACCUUUUGUAUUUGGUGGUUGUGGAGGAAACGUCAAUCGCUUUAAAACUAGGCAUAAAUGUGAACGGAGGUGUAAAAAUAAAACGGAAUCAUCCCUUGGGAGGUGAUAAUGUACAUAGAUGAUCACACAUCACCUAUCAAGAAAACUCAGGAAGAACAGAUGAUGCAUUUUUCAUACAUGUCAAGUGAAGAAUCAACUAUUGAUCUAAAUGAGAGUAAAUAUGUUUGGGGGGAGGGGGGAGAUGAAAUAAAUUUAAAUUUAGAAAGAAACAAAAAAGGAUUAUGAAAUAGAAAAUAUGGACAUGCUGCAUAUACGUAAAAUGAAUAAAGCCUGUACAUAAGGAGUACUGAUAUCUGCUAUUAAACAGCUGUCCAACUGCUUGGCGGUUUUGAAUUUUGGUUUACUAUUCCGUCCAUCUACUAUACGGGGUCAGAUAACUUUGUCCCAUGUGAUUUAUGAUGGAGAAGAUCGAGAUAAUUCUAGCAUUUCUUCUAUAAUCUCCAUGAGGAUUGGUAUGAUAUGAUAUUAAAGGUGUUGCAUCAUUCUUACAUUGUAGCAAG